AACCUAACCAAUUUUUUGUAACUUUAACAGUACUCUAAAUUUGAAAGACUAAUAAGUAUUAGAUUAUAGCUGAAGUACAGCAGAGUGUGAUAGUAUACGUUAUAUUUAUUAUGUAAUUUUAAUUUUAUUUAAAAUAUUUUAAAUGGUACUCCAAUAAAUGUUGUAUAUAAUGUGACAAAUAUAAUACGUAACAUAAAAAAAUAGUUUAAUAUAACAGAUAACAAGAUACUGAUAUACAUUUAUUUAUGUAUCUAAGACAAUAGUGCUGUAUUAAUAUAGUUAGAAAGAAUUAUAAAAUAAAUACAAAUUGUUAAAAAUAAGAUAUAUAGACUUAUAACAAUCUACAAUGAGCAAGACACCAGUAUCUAUUUUACAAGAAAUGAUGGUGAAAAAUCUAUCAAUACCUGCUUAUGAACUUAUACAUGAUGGAGGUGGAUCACAUAUAAAUACUUUUACAUACCGAGUAACAUGUGAUGGUCUCACAGCAACUGGUACGGGACGUUCUAAAAAGGAUGCAAAACAUGAAGCUGCAAAAGCAAUGUUAGAAACUAUUGCUGAACAUAGAGGCUAUUUACAAUUACCAGCAUCACCAGCACAAUCACCUGUAAGAACACCUUUACCACCAGUAGUUCCUGAAGUACAAAGAAUUCCACCAGAUGUACCAUUUGUUAAUGCAGUUGGUGCUUUACAAGAUUUAUGUGCUGGAAAUAAUUUAAAUGAACCUAAGUAUGAGCAAAUUAGCGAAGUUGGUCCUCCACAUGCAAAAGUUUUCACCAUUCAGUGUGAAGUAACCACUUUUACAGAAAUUGGUGUUGCAAGAACAAAAAAGCAAGCCAAACAAGAUGCUGCUAAAAAGAUGUUAGCUAAAUUAACAAAUUUAGUACCUGAAUUAAAAGUAUCAUGUGACUCAGAAUUAAUUCAACAAGCAGAUAUUUCUCACGAAAUUGCUAAAACUCGAUACCCUAUACUUUCAAAGUUACCUAUAUCUAAAAAAAUUAAUGUAGGUGUUAAGUUAGCAGAAUAUCAUAUUCAGUUAAAGAGCCAGUUUGAUGAUGAGCUACGCCAAGAUUUAAUUGAGAAAUUAUCAGCAAUUAGUCCAUCAUCUGAAAAUUCCACAAAUAAAACAACAUUACUAGCAAAAUUUCAAGAGAUGUUGAUGUCUACUGGUUUAAAUAUAACAGUCACAACAGUCUCAUCUUCAAAGGACAUACUUGUAGGCAUGACAAUAAGUACAUCACCUAAUAUUGUUGAAAUAGGAUUCGCAAAGACAAGAACAGAAGCUGAAUUGGAUGCAAUAUUAAAAUUAGUUAAUACAUUGAUACUUCGUUUAAAAUAAGAAUAGAAUAAUUACAGAUAAAAUAAAUAAAUGUCAAAGAAUAUCUUGAAA